GUGCCAGGUCUCUUGUUACACAAGUUUCUAUGAUUCGUCCAAGGAACAAAUGCGCCCACAGCCGAUUGGUCGAUCGUCGCAGCGGUGGGGAGGUGUCGAUCGAGCGCGGCAAAUUCGCCGAGCACGCUCACGAGUACGUGUUGCGCGAGAGACAAACGAGACCGGGAGAAGGUGGAAUCCCGGCAAGAUGGUCGAAAUUUUGUAGUUUAGUGGAUAAACGAUUUGGAUGGCCUCCAAAUACGACGUUUCUUGCAAUUUCGUGUCAGUGCGCGAAAGUGUUUCAAAUUAUUCAAACCACGGAUGAGUGGACGGGGAUGCGAUUAAUGGAGACAAAAUCGUGAGAAAAUGAAAAGGUGAAGACCGUGGAACCUGCCGGGGCAAAUCGCCUCACUUGUUGGAGACGAGAUGAAAUAUUACGCGUGAUCGUGCGUUCAAUCCUCUUAAUUAUAGCGAAGGCCACACCAAAAUCUUCGAUCCGUGUACGUGCGACUCCUCAAGUUCCCAGAUUUUCUUUAAUUUCUCCAACGCUUCGAUCCUUCUCUCCUUUUCUUUUUUUAAUUUUUAUUUCCAAUUUCUCGGCCUCUCUCUCUCUCUCUCUCUCUCUCUCUCAUAGGAAAAGGGAAAAAGGGAACGAGAGCAUUUCCGCUUUUGAUGCGCCAUUCAUUGUUUACUGUUCGACCCAUUUUUCAACAGGAUUCAAUUCGCCCGAUACCUGAUGUUUACACACAAGAUACGUCAAUGAAAAUCUUUUGCCCUUUCGCUAGCGUUGUAUUGUUGAUUAUCAAUCAUCCUUCUCCAUCGAUAUUUGUGUACGUGUAGCGUGAUCCGUAUUUCGAUUCGUGGUCGAUUUCAAACGAGAUUAAAAUUCCAAGAAAAUCGUACAGCGAUGGUUGGAGGGAAAAACUGUUCCAAUAGGAUUUUACGAGUCGAUUGCACAAAGAGACACCCGUUACGUUACGGAAUUGGCAGCGAGUAAAGAAACGGUGGACACCUGUGCCGCGUGGCACGUAGGAGUGCCACAUAAUUAGCCGGCACUGCGCGUGCCACGCUCCCACGCGUGCGCGCAUGCGCUCACCUCUCCGCGUAAGCGCAUCGUCGCAACGAAAAAUUUAGGAUUCUCGAUCGAUCUUUCCAACCGCCUUAUCGAGUUAUGAGCCAAGAAAAGGAAAGAAUUUCUUGGCGAUUCAAUACUUUUCAUACUCCGUCGACUCCCUUUGCAAAAAUUACAAUUUACGGUUUAGUAAUAGAUAAAAGAAAAAAAGAAACGUUAAAAGCUAUCGUGAACAAAAAAGAAAAGACGCCGUAAUGUUAAAUCUCGAGGAAGUAUAUAUUAUUAUUAACGUCCGAAGAGGAGGAAAAUUCGCGAGGAAAUCGCGUUUAAAAGCAUAAGAUUGAAAACCA